CUGGCAUUGAAGGUCGAAUUGGGCCACUCGGCAAAAAGGGAGAGACUGGUUUGAAAGGUGACAAGGGUGACAUUGGACUAAGUGGAGCAAGGGGUGUGAGAGGAGUAUCUGGCAGGAAUGGAACUGAUGGACAAAAGGGUAAGAUUGGCCGAAUCGGGGCUCCUGGUUGCAAAGGUGAUCCAGGUGACAAGGGACCAGAUGGCUACCCUGGAAACAUUGGUGAACCUGGGACACCGGGUGAGAAAGGUGAAAAGGGUGAAAGUGCCCCCCCUGGGAAAUCUGGUCUCCCAGGCCCUGAUGGUGAAAGAGGACCAAAGGGUGAAAAAGGAAAUCCUGGAAAUCCAGGAUCGCCAGGAAAAAGGGGAACUCCGGGCAUUAAAGGCUUGCCUGGACCAAAUGGUGAAGAGGGAAGGAGAGGAGACCCUGGAUCAAAGGGAGGACAAGGACCUGAUGGGGAAAAAAGGAGAGAGGGGAGAACAAGGGCCACAUGGAGGGAGAGGCCAACCUGGGGAAGACGGACUCAAGGGCACCAAGGGUGACAAUGGACUACCAGGACCAAGGGGUCAGCCAGGAGACCCAGGGGGCCCUGGAAAAAUUGGCUCCAUGGGAAAUCCUGGAGAUCCUGGACCAAGGGGAGACUCAGGGCCUAAAGGAGUAAAGGGUGACAAAGGAAGGCAAGGAUUCAGCAAUACUGGAACGAGAGGGCCCACUGGAGACAGAGGUGUUCCAGGCAAAAAAGGGCCCAGGGGGGGCAGAGGUGAAUGUGGCGCCAAAGGAGACCCUGGAGAACCAGGAAAACCAGGAGAGUCUGCCAGCCGGGCGAGCCAGGAAAGAGAGGGCCGAGAGGAGACCGUAGACGUGAUGGAGGCCCUGGACCAGAGGGCGAUCCUGGGCUCAACGACUGUGAUGUCAUGACUUACAUCAGGGAAAUGUGCGGUUGUUGUGACUGUGAGAAGUACUGUGGACCUCUGGACAUUAGCUCUGCUGAGAAGCAGGGUCAAAUGGAUAAUAUACACAACAAUAGUGGUG